AUGACCCACCAAACCCACGCAUACCAUAUGGUCAAUCCCAGUCCAUGGCCACUUACAGGGGCUCUCUCAGCCCUCCUAAUAACCUCAGGCCUAGCUAUCUGAUUCCACUAUAACUCAACACUACUACUAGCCCUCGGAAUAACUACCAACCUACUAACUAUAUAUCAAUGAUGACGAGACAUCGUCCGAGAAAGCACAUUUCAAGGCCACCAUACUCCCAUCGUUCAAAAAGGUCUCCGAUAUGGAAUAAUCCUUUUUAUUGUCUCAGAAGUAUUCUUUUUUGCAGGCUUCUUCUGGGCCUUUUACCACUCAAGCCUAGCUCCAACCCCCGAGUUAGGAGGAUGCUGGCCACCAACAGGCGUUACCCCCCUAAAUCCUCUGGAAGUUCCACUACUUAAUACCUCCGUACUUCUAGCCUCCGGAGUAUCAAUUACCUGAGCCCACCACAGUUUAAUGGAGGGAAACCGAAAACAUAUACUCCAAGCAUUAUUUAUCACAAUCUCUCUAGGAGUUUAUUUUACACUCCUACAAGCCUCCGAAUAUUAUGAAACAUCAUUUACUAUUUCAGACGGAGUCUAUGGGUCCACCUUCUUCAUAGCUACAGGAUUCCACGGACUACAUGUAAUUAUCGGCUCUACUUUCCUAAUUGUAUGCUUCUUACGCCAACUAAAAUAUCACUUUACAUCUAAUCAUCAUUUCGGAUUUGAAGCUGCUGCUUGAUACUGACAUUUCGUAGACGUAGUUUGACUAUUCCUAUACGUAUCCAUUUAUUGAUGAGGAUCUU